AUGGAUAUCAUACUCGAAGUUGUCGACACAUUAUUCCUCGACCGUGUCUACGCCACGUUGUUCCCAGCUAGCACGUCACAGUAUGCUUUGCAGAAAAUCCAUGAUGUCGCGACCUCGACAUUCUCAAGUAUCCGAGAGGGUGCCACGCCAGCACCGCAGUACAAAUACAUUUACGAGCCUGCUUCACGACUGUUUAGCCUAGAUCCGACAGAAUGGGCCUACAAGAGCUCACUGCCCCGCGACAACAUAUACAGACAGGGCGUCAGCUUGUUUGCCAUAGUUUGGUUCUUCGGGCUGGUCCUUUACUUCCUCUGCGCAACUUUGUCCUAUGUCUUCAUUUUCGACAAGACAGCCGCCCAGCAUCCGAAAUACCUGAAAAACCAAGUCCGCAUGGAGAUCGCCCAAGCGAAUCGGUCGAUGCCACUCAUGUCUCUUCUGACUGCGCUGUGUAUGCUCCUUGAAGUGCGCGGUUACUCGAAACUUUAUGAUCUCUCCUCCGAAGCCCCAUUCGCAUGGUACAACGUCCUUCAGUUCCCCUUCUUCGUCCUCUUUACCGAUCUCUGUAUCUACUGGAUCCAUCGUGGGCUCCAUCACCCGUUGAUUUACAAGACUCUUCACAAGCCGCACCACAAAUGGAUUGUGCCGACGCCAUUCGCAUCGCAUGCCUUUCACCCACUUGAUGGCUUCGCACAGUCGACGCCAUACCACAUCUUCCCUUUCCUCUUCCCUCUCCAGAAGUUUGCGUACAUUGCACUCUUCGCCUUCAUCAAUGUCUGGACCAUAUUCAUCCACGAUGGUGAGUACUAUGCCAACAGUCCGAUCAUCAAUGGCGCCGCAUGUCACACGAUGCACCAUUUGUACUUCAAUUAUAACUACGGCCAGUUCACGACUUUAUGGGAUCGUCUUGGAGGCAGCUAUCGCAAACCGAACGACGAACUGUUCCGGAGGGAGACGAAAAUAAGUAAGGCCGAAUUCGACCGACAAGCUAAGGAGAUGGAGUCAAUCGUCAAAGAAGUCGAAGGUGACGAUGACAGGGGUUACUUGAAGAAAGACCAAUAA